AUUAAAGUCAGGGACAUUACUGCAGAGCUGGCGCCACCUAUCGGCCUGCGAUAGCUCCAAAGCCAUAGCGUUUAACGUGAGGACUUUUCAGGCGAAAGCGUUAUAAGCUAGUUGUGUGGAUCUCCGCAGAAAACGAUGCGAUCUGGGAAGGUUUUAUGCAAUUAAUUUUGAAGGCAAAGUAAGCUUUGACUUGAUCACACCGGUCACCAACAGAUUGGUCGCUGGUCAUUUCCGAAAUACGGCUGCUUUUCAAGGCGUAUGCCGUUCUUUUUGUGUAUCUUGAAAUUUUGACAGCCCAUUCGGUACAGCGAAUAUUUAUUUUUGCCCUAUUCAUCCAUCUGUCAUUGUAACUUUAUUUUAAUGUAAUUUACCAUAAAAUUCUGGAUUAUUGUUGUCGUGAUCUGAUGUGAAAUCAGUCGGGUAUUAUCAAACUUUUUCAGCCAUGCCUCCGCGGCGCUCGGGGAAGAACAGCCGUUCUUCUCGUAAAGACAAGCGCGCCAAGCCAAAAGAGGAUGUUGUGGAGGAUGAGCAGGAUUAUCAGUCAGAUGAGGACAGUAAUCCUGUCCCCGUGACAUCCAAACGGAAAAGCCGUCGCAGUAAGAAAUCCAACCCGAAACCUGUGCCUGUCGUCACCAGUCAUCGGAAACGGCGUAAACGCCAUGCCUCGGAGAGUUCGGACGAUGAUGAUCAUGCCUCCGACUACGGGAACGAUUCCAGCGAUGAUAACUCCAGUUCCGAAGAGGAAGACGUGGAGUUUACCGUGGCCGCCGACGCGGAUGAGGACGAUGACUACGAGGAAACGGAGUCGGUGGGCGAAGAAAAUCUGAAGAAACGGACAUAUAUCCCGCGCGAUCGUGAUCCCGUGUACAUUCAGGAGCGGGAUUUUGACCCCUUGACCCUCCCUCCGUCAUCGGAAGACCUGGUGAUCCCUAACGAUGUCGUCCUGCAGGCGUUCGGGGUGUAUGAAAUCCUGCGACGCCUGACGAAUUGCGUGCAGCUGACCGUCUUCCGGAUUGAGGAUUUCUGCUGUGCCCUGCUAGCGGAAGAAAGCUCGCAGUUAUUAUGUGAAAUCUUUGCCUCUGUGAUUCGCUUACUGGUGCGCGAGAAUGAGCAUGUCGGCUCGUGGUUGGCGCCGCAUGACGAGAAGGAUUCCGUGCAGUUGGCCAUUGUCUGCAUGGAUAAUCUGACCUGGCCGGAGCUGCUACGGUCAUUUUUACAGACCUCCCCCGAAUACGCCCCGGCCCUGAAAGUGGUCGAGCAGAGCCAGUUUCCCUGUGUGCCCGCCAAGGAGAAACUGGUGGUGUUGGAGGUGUUGUGUAGUGUGCUGUUGCGGCUGCCCGGCGUAGUACGGAACGCCCUCAAUCCCGAUGCCAUGAUCCUGGAUGAUUCGCAGCAUGAAGAUGUCUGCCGCAGCUGCCGGACGACGGGCACGAUGGUCUGCUGCAGUGCAUGCCCCGCAGUUUAUCAUUUAUUCUGCCUGUCGCCGCCUUUAAAGGAGGCUCCGGAAUGGGAUUGGUUUUGUACUCUUUGCAGACACAACCAGCAGGUUACGGGAGUGCUGGAAUGUGUCACCGAGACGGAAAAGCAGAAUUUUUGCCUGCGCUACGAGCCCCUGGGACUGGAUCGGCACGGGCGGCGCUUUGCCUUUAUCGCCCGACGUUUACUCAUAUAUGCCGAAGACGAAUCCUUCGUUUCGUAUUAUACGACUGCUGAGCAGUUCGAUGAGGUUAAGGCACUACUGGAUCCUGUUGAUUUGGAAAAGGAACUGUGCGAAUCCCUCGCAGAACUGGAUGGCGAAAUACGUCAACAUAUGGAUAUAACAUCUAAACUAACGAAAACCUUUGCCAAAGGUCGUCCAACUUAUUUGGAUAAAGCUGAUGCUGAUAUUCGAAAGAAACAAGAAGAAAAAGAGGAGCAGCUCCGGAAGGAAGAGGAAAGUAAGGAUAUCGAGAUGGCCGAAGUGGAUGAGAAACCAAAAGAGGAGGAAACCCUGACGAAUGGUCCCAUACCAGAAGGCGUGAAAGAGGAAGAAGGUCCUCGUGUUGCCACUCGAACUCGAACAGGUGCUAUUGUUCCGAGAUCCUACGCCGAUACACCACUCAAUCACAAAAUAAAAGAACCGAGCGUAAUUCCUCCGCCAUGCAGUAGUGAUCCCAAGUUGACCUUUGAUCUGUCAAAAGUUGUUGGUGUUUUAUACAAACUGGGCGUGGAAGGAACAUUCCGGAUUUAUAAAAAUUACCAUAACAGUCCACUCGGCCUGCCGGCCCAGGGCAAGAAGCCAGAAGAUAAGCGCUCACGGGAAAAGCUGUUCGCUAUGAAGUUUUCCUUGCCGGGAGAAAAACAGACUCCGUGGGAUUUCCGGUGGAAUGGCCUGACCACGGGACUCUGCAAAACUAUGGUGCCGACAUUGCGCGCUACAUUGUUGGAAAUGGAGAAGAAUAUUCAUCCAUCCUUUUAUCAUCCUCAUUGGGCAACGUACCGUGCGGAAUGGGUCAAAGCGCUGGAAAAGGUAGAGAAACCAGAGGAGUUAGCCGUGGCUCUCUCCAGGUUCGAAACCUCUUGUAAACCAGUGGUAUUCGUACCGGCCUGGCACGAAACUCUAGGAUGCCUUAAGUGGGGAAAAUUUGCCAAUAUUGACAAAGAAGAACCCAGAGCCCGUCGUCGUGAUGAUGAAGAGAUCAUAAGUCGGUCUGCGAAAAAAGCCUACGUGAAUUUCGUUCAGGGUGUACAACAUCAGAUAUGGAAACAUAAAGGUGAAGAAUUUCGUCUUUCCGGUCGGGGUGGGGUUUUCUGGUGGAGUAGUCGGUAUACGGAAGAACCGGAAGCGCCCUGUGUCCCGAACAAAGCCGUACCUGACGACAACGUGGAGGAGGAUGUACUGGAUAUAUCAGCGGCUUUUGCAUCGGACUCCAAAUUUUAUCCGGUUGACGAUGUUCUCAAAGAUCAGUUAAAGAAGACUCUACAGACUACGGAUCGUCUGAGAAAUAUGGAGCCAUACGUUGCCCCAUCGACUGCGAAUGAAAAAAAGGAGAGUUGUCUAACCAUCACGACCGAUGGGCCCGUGAAAACGGAAGCUCUUGAAAACGUUGAGCCUUCGAAGUCAAAUGGACAGAAAGAUGUGGUUCUGCUUAAUGGGCAAGCAACCGAAGAAGAAAAGCGAAUUAUGAAGGAAGGCGGUCCCGCCGCAGUUGCCGCUGAGGAGAAGAAGGACAACACUCCUGGAAAAGCAGCUGUGGCGCCGGUUGCGUUAAACACGGCUGGAAUUGUCAACCUGAACAAUCCGAAGAACGUCACAUACAAAGCAAUGUUGCCGGCACUGUUGCGUAUGGUGAAGGAAGAAAACCUGCUUGACUUCUUCCGUGUUUCGCAUACCGACUUCAUGGUGUUGGCUCUCAAUGCCGGACUGAGCGAGCUACCCGGUUUCAAGUACGAUUACAAAACGGCCCAGUAUUGGGAAUAUCCUCAUUUCCCGCGCCCCAACACCCGUACCAUCUGGCGAUUUCGAACAUAUGCCAUCAAAAACUGGGGAGGUGUGGCAUUGCAGAUGAAGAUGUUGCAUGCCGCCUUGCGCUGGGAAGAUUUGCACAAUAAGGGGCUGGCUGGUAUGAGCGGCGGGAAAAAGAUCUUAAAAGAUGACUCUGGCACCUGCACGUCCGAAAUUAUCCAAAAACGCUCCAGUGCUCGAUUCUCGGAUUUUCCGCGAUGUGAAUAUUUGGUUAGGCGGGAAGUUGUGCCUUUUCGAGAGGGAAAUCAGAAAAAUUUGUUGAAGUCGACGCCUGGUCGUGAGGGACUACGAGAACGUAAACUGGAACAACCGAAGUUCAGAGAACCAUUCACGCAGGAAAUAUGGGUCGGAGAAGAGGCAGUGGAUUUGUGGGAAAUUCGAUCUUUUUACGAUCGCAUCGAACAUCCUCCACCCGAACCGCCUAAACCCGUCAUCAAACAAAUAGCGCCGAUUAAGUAUUCGAGCAACAACCGCAGCCCGCCAGCUACCCCGGUCGCCAGUGGUCAGAAGCUAAGUCAACAUAAUUUGCUUAAAUCCACCACGGACGUCGGAACAACACCUGUACAGGUUGUUGUGGGAAAUCGAACAUAUCUCAUACAACCAAACUUUGUUGGUCGGAUGCAGCAAAUUGUGUACCAGUUUAAAUCCGGUGCGAAAAUCACUCCGGCUACUCCAGCCGCGGCUGAAUCUGCUUCUACUCCUGCAGAGCCAGUUGAACCGGCCAGUAACGAAAGCGAAUCAGAGAAAUCAGAAACGUCAACUUUACCCGCGGAUCUGCAGAACAUUAUGGAACAAAUUAAAAGUGGAACGCUAACACAAGAAGCGCUGAACAAACUGCAAAUUUCUUACAAGGACGGUGUGCAGCCAAAGUCUCGCGGUAAAGCGAAGGAAGCCGCUCAGGCUGCGGAUGCUGCUCAGACGGUGAUGGAUGCUGUUGUAAUUGCUGCGAAUGAUCGGAUAAAUAAACGAACGCUGCAAUUGCGGAAACUGUUGACUAACCGCAUCAUGCACGUUAAGAGUGUCUACCGGAAAUCGCAGAAUAAUAUGCACGCAACCGCGCUGCAGGCACUUGUGAGAGUGCAUCCGCACCUAUUCCCGGACUUGCCUGUGCGUCCGAGAGCCAUGUCUUCUACACCUGGUACUGGUUCGCCUAAGAAACGUCGGGGAAGAUAUAAGAAAAAACAGCGCGACGAGGUCAAGGUGACCACACCGACACCACCCGUUGCGGACGAAACUGGUCUAAUUAUCACGGACGAGUCGACACCAGAAGACAAAAAGGUCUUCUCCAGUCCGGACGAAGCGAAGGUACCCCGAGCGAAAAUGAUUUCAACUGGUCCAAAGAUAGAAGAGAAAGAGGUAAUUCCCAAAAUUCCCAAGAAACGUGGACGUCCUUCCAAAGCGGAGAAGCUGCAGAAGGCUGCGGAAGAAGCCGAGAAGGAGCGAUUACAAGCCGAAGCCGCGCAGAAAGCGGCUGAAGAAGCGGCGGCACUGGCUGCUGCGACCGCCGCUGUCGAACCAACCGUACCUCCGCUAUCUCGUUCUGCAUCUCCCGUCAAACGAGAGACCUCGCUUUUGGAAGGAGAAACCCCAGUGGAAGAGGGCGAAAAGAAGAAGAACAAGAAGAGAAAACGGGAAAAGGAAAAGAAGAAGAAAGCGAAAAAGCGCAAGGAUAAAGAACGUGAUGACGCCGAAGAAGUUAUAAGUGAAAAGAAAGAGAAGAAAGAUAAAAAAGAAAAGAAGGACAAAAAGGAUAAGAAAGAAAAGAAGCGAAAGCGAAAGAAGCAGAAGACCGAAGAGGAGGCAACAGAGCCUGCUACGGAGGAGGUGUUGAAAGUGGAGAUUACCGAGGAGCCGGUCCAAGAGGUGGUUGAACCGAUUGUGGUUGAGAAGAAGAAAAGCAAGAAGCGUAAGCGAGACAGUGAUGCGGCCGUUCCGGCGACACCGGUGGUGGCGCCUCCGGAAAUCACAUCUCCACCGCCCAAGAAGCGGAAGGCGAACAGGAGUUCGAAAGAAUUGCAUUGCUAUUGUCAGACUCCCUAUGAUAAAAAGAAGUUUUAUGUCUGCUGUGAUCGGUGUGAUAAAUGGUUUCAUGGAGACUGCGUCGGCGAAAAACAGGGCGAUCCUAAACUGGACGAGAAUCCUUGGUAUUGUCCUACUUGCCGAGCGCAAACUGCUCCCGCCACUCCUCAGCAGCCUCCUGCGGAAACGAAGCGGAAAGGGAAGAGCUCCAAGAAGAAGAAACAGAAGACAGAACCUGUGGCUGAUACUCCUGUUGUUGUGGCGGAAAAUCCCACCCCCGUUAAAUCCACUCAAAAGAAAUCCAAGUCCAAGAAGGCUGCCGUGAAACUGACAGUUAAACUACCUCGCAGUCCAUCGCCCGUGAAUUUCCAAGAUUUGGAGCGAUCGAUGUCAGCCCCUACACCAGCACCGUUGCCCGCUCCUCCCGUGAAUGCUAAUAUUGAUUUCAAUCUACCACCAGCUCUUCCCAUGCCUCCGAUUAUUUUGCGGUUAAAUAAGGUGUCUAAGAAGUCCGCUGGAGCAAAGGAACCUCCAGCGAUUCCGAAAGAGCCGUCGGCGCCUCCAAAAGAGCCUUCAGUGCCUCCAAAGGAGCCUACAGCGCUUCCGAAGGAGAAGUUAUCAAAGAAAUCUCAUGGUGUUGUCAAGAAAAUACGCGUGCCUAAGAUUCAGAAUAAAGUGGAUGGAUGUGUGGCAGUGAACACUGAAACCGCGGUAUUGGAUCUGCCGGAAACGGUGGCUGAGCCAGAACCUGCGCCUGUUAAUACUGUGAUGACUGCGCCGCCACCUGAGGAGAAGGAACCUAUUCGUAAUGGACGGCAGAAAAUGAUCCGAGAGCCAGGGAAAAAGGAGCAAGGACAACGGUACUGCUUCUGCCAGGAAUUGUACGAUCCCGCUAAGGGAUACCGGAAGUUCAUUAAGUGCGAACGCUGCCGUGAAUGGUAUCAUCCGCGUUGUGUUGGUCGAACAUCGAAGCAGGUUCUACGGCGCUAUGUGUGUGAUGGAUGUUUGAAGAAAACCGAGUUUAAAGAUUCACUCUUUCGUGAACUGACGGAAGCGGAUAUUGAGAAACUAGAAAAAAUCCUUGCUCAACUGAAGAGUCUCCCCCAAGCCAGUUUCUUUCUGUCACCGGUUAAAGAGGAAGAGGCGCCUAAUUACUAUCGGGUCAUUCGUGAACCAAUGGAUCUGGGAACGGUUUCGGAAAAGCUGCAGAACCGUCAGUAUCGCUUCCUCCAGGAAUUUCUCUAUGACUGUGGAUUGAUUUUUGAUAAUGCGCGCACUUUCAAUCGAGAGAAUACAAUUUAUUAUCAGUAUGCUGACAUUAUGGAGGAUGAAUUUAUCCGCAAAACCACUCCGUUUCGGCUGAGUAAAGCGCCGCAGAAGGGCAAAUGAAGCAGUCAGUCGAUCUCUAUUAUCAGGGCUGCUGGAUCUUGGAAGGGUGCACUCUUUUCUCUCGAAACCCAGUCAGCGGUAUUUUGUUGCAUAAACAGUGCUUUGAUGGGGAUGAUAUUCAUAACAUGUACCAUAUUUGUUUUAUAAUCUCAACGGAUAUUUUUUUGUUUGGUAUUGUUCCUUAGAUGUUUUUGUUUGAAAUCCGCGGCUUGAUUGUUACCGAUUUAACGGGAAAUUGUUUGGGCAGUUGGUUUCCCUCUUUUUUUGCUGUGACGUUCAGAAUCGUGAUCAUGGGAUUACAAUAAACUUAAAGAAUGAA